AUGUUUGGUGGUUUCCAAUGUUCGAUUCCGGCGGAAGCCGAUCGCAAGGUGGAUAAAAUCAACAAUAUUUUCAUAGAGACUGUGAUGGAGCAGGAGCGUCGAGUCAAGGAUUUAAAAGCUCAAGAAGUACAAAUGACGGCCGAAAACCCGGGUGUACGUGCUCAGCAAGAAAUCCCUGAUAUUUCAAUAGAAUUGAAGGCACAGAAAGUAGAAGACUUUUUAAAUAAGAAACGUCGUCAGCAGCUACGACAAAACAAUUUAGAGCUACGACAAUUAGAGAAGCAACUUAAAGCUGCAUUUAUUUCUAAAGAGCUUGUGGAGCAGAAGGAAGCAGCGGAUAAACUAAAGGAGGAGCAAAUGAAGAGCAAGCGCUUAGAAGAUAUUGAAUUCGAAAAGGAGCAACUGCGCUGCAAAGAGGCACUUAUUGAAUCUGAAAGGAAAGAAUGGAAAAAGAAGGAAGAAUUUCGGAGUGUUCUUUUAAGUCAAAUGGCGGAAUCACAGCAAAAACGAAAAGAUGAAUAUACAGAGGUUCUAAAGGACAGGGAUUUAAUGCAAAAAUUAUUGCAUAAAUAUAAGACUGAGCACGAUUCGGAAUUGAUGGAACUUGAGAGGAGGAAAGAAAGUGCCAAAAAGGAAAUGGACGAAUUUAAACGCAAACAAGAGGAAUAUAAAUUAAUGCAAAUGUCUCAAAAGAUAGAUGAGGUAGAGCGAUUCCAGGAGAUGAUGAAGGAGCGCGAGGAGAAGAAUUUGCAACUGAAAUUGCAAAGAGAAAAGCAGACCCAAAAGAGGGCAGAAUUGAGUGAUCGUAUUGGACAAGAAUUAUACAAAGUUGAGAGCGAGAAACGAAGACGCGAAAACCUAUUGCUCGAUUUAUUGGUGGAGGAACGCAACACCAAUGAGGAUAUGAGAUAUAAACAAAACCUUGAGAAGCAACAUAAUGAUCGUAUUCAAAUGCGUAUGGAAUUUGAACGUUAUCGUAAGGAACGAGAGCGGCAAAAACUAGAGCGGGAGCAAAAUGAGGAUGCCACAUUCCUUGCUGAGAUGCGGAAACAGCUGGCUGAACGUGAUAAGAUAGACCAAUUAGCGGAUGAAAAACGUCGUCAAAAGAUAAGAGAACAUGGUCGUGCUAUUCAAGAAAUGAUAGAGCUACGCCGACGUCAACGUGCCGCUGAUGCUGCAGAAGAGAUUAAAUGGCAUGAAUUCUUGAAUAAAGAGGAACGAAAGCGCCUGGAGUUGGUUGAAAAUGAGCGUAUGGAAAUGCUUAAAAAUGCUCCGGUUGACGUGUUGCGCUACCUGCCGUCUGGUGUUCUAAAGGACAUGGACCGAAAAGUUCUUGGCCUUUCCGACGAAAGCUAAAUCUGUAUUCGCAGAGCAGUUUUGAUUCCCUAGAAGUCUUCUCCAAUAUAUUCGCGUAUUAAUUACGGGAAUUCACAUUAAGAAUCGAAAUGUCUUAAAGCUGUAAAGUUUAGCAAUUCAAAAUAACGGUUAAAAGGGUUUUAGGGGAUCCGCAGUGUAUAAUCAGAGCUAAUUACAUACACAUAUAGAAAACCAUAUCGAUACUUUUCUUUCGAUACAUUGGGAACACUUGAAAAACUUUCUUUUUAAAUGAAAUAUUGGUACAAUCGAAUGCUAGCUUCAAUUUACAACCCCAUUAUUGGCAUUUAUGCAAUAUUCUUCAUCCAAAUUCUUAAUUACUUUACGCAGAAAAUAUCGGGUAGGUUCAGAAGGCGCAGCAGUUGAGCGCAAGCGUUGAUAAAAACCCAGUUAUCGUUAUGCGUCUUCUGAACGGCUUGAUGCAUUAGUUGGUACUUAAAGUUAGUUGUAACUUUAUUGAAAGAUAACCCAUCCAAAAUGAUGUCAAAAAUCUACAACUAUAAGUACAAACUUAAUUAUGACUAUGAAUAGGCCCUAUUGCAUUAAAUAUAGUUUAAAGACCAUAAGGACCUACCUUAAUAAUGAAAGAUUGAUUUAAAAAACUGGACGUAUUUACUUAUUCUGCUUUUUUAAGUAAUUUUUUUUAUU